AUGGAGAAAAUUCACCCCAAGAAGAACCCAAAACGCAAACGCAGGGAGGCAAACCUGAUCCAAACCCUCGGCGGGCAAAAAGAGGGAAGAGAAAAUAUGAAAUCAAUGGAGAAGCCUGGGAAGCUGAUGUCCUCCGUUAACAGACUGCUAAUGAUGCCGAUCUGCCUGUCCCGUGUGUCCCGGCCCUGCGGGAGAGCAACCGGCCUGCAGUGGCACCGGAGGCAGGAGGCCGAGGAAAUGGGGCUGUUCCUGGUUUCUGGCUACAACCUGUUCAAAGAGCCCGUCCCGGACCCCUCUUGGAAGGACAUAGUCCUGGGCUUCAGGAAGCUGACCCCGCAAGAGCUGGAGCUCUUCCCUGGCUACAGGUACUUGCAGCGCCGUCCCCGGGCUUGGCUCACCAAGAGGUUAAUGCAGAGAGGAGUGCAGUUCUUCCAUAAGAAGAUCGACUCUUUCCAGGAGGUGUUUGCCCAGGGCGCCGACGUGGUGAUCAACUGCAGCGGGGUGCGCGCGGGGGCCCUGCAGCCCGACCCGGCGCUGCAGCCCGGCCGCGGGCAGGUCAUCAAGGUCCGGGCUCCGUGGGUGAAGCAUUUCAUCAUAACUCACCAUCCCGAGACGGGAAUCUACAACUCGCCGUACAUCAUUCCGGGGAGCGAGGUGACCGUGCUGGGAGGCGUGAACCAGCUGGGGAACUGGAGCGAGGAGAACAGCGCCCAGGACCACAGAGCCAUCUGGGAGAGCUGCUGCCGGCUGCUGCCUGCCCUCCAGCUCGUGCAGAGGAGGAGUUUCAAACACGGACUAACGCUCUCGUGGCCAGGGAUCCGGCUGCGGUUCCUGGGGAGGGAGCUGGAAGCCGCCUGCGUCCCCCCGGCUGCCCAGGCUCCCUGCACCUAA